AACGCUAAAAGGUUUUUAACCACAGAAUUAUCAGCUCUAACAUGGUUUUUGUUAAAUUUUCCAGAAAAUGUCAACAUUGGAUCAGCUUCUUCAUGUGGCAACUAGCCCUACCAAUUCAGGACCAGAUGCGGCUGCUAUUGACAAGUUUUGUGACAGGGUGAACGCUGAACCUGAGGGUGCCCUGGUUGCAACGCGUCUGCUCGCAGCCAAAGUGCAGUCUGCACAAGAGUGGGAGGCCCUGCAGGCGCUUCACAUCCUUGAGCACUGCGUCCGCAACUGCCCGAGUCUGCUGCCAGAAGUGGCUAAAUUUCGUUUCCUCAACGAACUCAUCAGGGUGGUGUCUCCAAAGUACUUAGGCCCUCGCACCACCCCUGCUGUCAAAAGUCGAGUGCUUGAAAUUUUGUACGGCUGGACGAGGCAAUAUCCUCAGGAGAGUAAAAUUCAAGACGCAUUUGAGAUGCUGAGGAAACAAGGGGUGGCAAACGACGACCAUAUGUCUUCCUCCUGUCCUUUUGUCCCACCAAGACAGUCUGACAAGACGUCAGUGUUCGAGGAUGAUGAAAAAUCAAAACUGCUGAAGAGACUGCUGCAGAGCAAGCACCCUGAUGACCUGCAGGCGGCGAACCGACUGAUCAAAUCAAUGGUGCGCGAGGACGAGAAAAGGACUGAGAGACAGUGCAAGGCUGUCAGCAAGGUGGAGCAGGUGCAAAACAACUGUCAGUUGCUGAUGGAAAUGCUUACACACUAUGAUAAAUCGGGUGCCAACUCAGCCGACCUGGAAUUGAUGUCUGAACUAAAGCAAACCUGCGACACCCUUCGACCGACCCUGAGCAACCUGGCCGAAGAGUGUGCCGACCAGCAGGAAAUUCUCAAUGACAUCAUAUCCGCCGGGGAGGAGCUGAAUCGAGUUCUGGACAUCUACACCGCUGUGAUCAUGCGCGGGGAGAAGCUGCCCUUGCGAACCACCUGCCUUGGCGUGAACACCGCCCUUCUAGACCUUGGCCAGGACGAAGCAUGCUCGGCGGCACACGUUGGUGUUCAAAGCGAGGCGGACCAACUCAAGGAGAUCUUCAGCUCAGGUGGCCUUACCCCGGAAAUGCCGGUGACUAACUCGCAGCAGCUGCUUCUGCUGGACGCACCCCUUCUGGACCCCAAGGUUGAGCUGCCCCUACCAAAGCCUAAAGUCGAACAGUCUGUGAUUGCUCCUGUGGAUCUGUUUUCCUCUCCCAACCCACCCGCACCAAAAUCUGAGACUAAACCCGCGCACUCUGAUCCGCUAAAGGGGCUGGACCUCGACUUCCUCGUCAAGGCACAAAUGACGGAAAGCUUGCAAAAGAAGCAAAAGAAAAUCAGCAGCGGUGACGAGGCUAUGCUGGAUCUUAGCCUCAACUCCCUUGGCGACGAUUCGAUGCUCGACUUCGGCAGACCAGACAGUCCUUUAUGCCAGGACGAGCCUAUAACCGAAAAAACGCCUGAUUUCCUCAGCAAACCAGACGAGCAUGUGAAGUCAGAGAUCCCGAAGCCGCCGCCGACGGCCACGGUCGAACCUCAGCGACAGUCUGAGGAUUCGCAGGUGGACUGCAAGGCCCUGUUGGCCAACCUCUCCGUCAGCCUCGCCGAGGUGCGGCCCAGUCGGAUCCCCCCGGUCGUGGUGUUGGACCAGCCGGAGGGACUGCACGUGUCUCUUCACGUGGCGCAGAACUGCCCGAGAGCCGGCGUGCGCGUGGUCGUGAUCUCCAUUCAGAGCAGACUGGCACAACCCGUGGACAGUCUGGUGUGUCAGUGUGCGGUGCCGAGCAAGUCGUGCAAGGUGCGACUGCAGCCGGCGUCGGCCUCCGAGAUGGCCGCCUACAGCCCGUUCCUCCCGCCCCCAGCGGUCACCCAGUUGAUGCUGCUGGCGAAUCCCAGAGAGCAACCGGUCGGACUUAAGUUGAUGCUGUCCUACUGCGUGGACGGCGACCUGGUCACCGAGAUGGGUGAGGUAAACAAUCUGCCCUUGGACAUGUGAACAGACUAAGAUGUGAUCUGAUUUUUUUAAGACUUUCGGUUGUGUUACCCUUUAAAUUAUAACCAUACCGAGUUACUAUGAAUUGUGGUAUAUUUUACGCCUGUUUAUCGAAAUGCAUUCCUCCUUUUCUUUGCAUUAUUCACCACCAGAUUAAAAUGAACCAUUUCGCGAUAUUGUAAAUGAGCCUUUAAUAAAAUACACUGGAUUUAUCUCAUAAA